UGGCACGGCACCCCGCGCACCGCCAUGGCGGCAGCGAUCGCUGCGGGGACGGCGCUCGCAGGGGAUGGGGCAGGACGGGAUGGGGCGGGAUGGCUGCCCCGACCGAGCCCGGGCUGUGACCGGGACCCGCGGGUGCGCCGCGGAACCGGCGGCGCGGCGCUUUCCCACCGUCCCGCGGUGCUUGCCCGCAGCCCCGCCGCGCUCCUCCGUGUCCCGCCUUCCCCUCGCACCGCCCCUUCCGGGCUCGCCGGCGCUGCCAUCCGCCGUGGGGCACCAUGGCUGCGGCCGGCCGGCUGAGGCGGCGGCUGCUGCUGGAGGUGCCGUGGCGCUGGCGCUGCAGCCCCCGCCGCGGCGGUGCCGCCUGCCCCUCGGCGGGGCAGAUCCGCGCCGCCUUCCUGCGCUUCUUCGAGGAGCGCCACGGCCACCGCCGCCUGCCCUCCGCCCCCGUGCGGCCCCGCGGCGACCCACGCCUCCUCUUCGUCAACGCGGGCAUGAACCAGUUCAAGCCCAUUUUCCUGGGCACGGCGCACCCCCGGAGCGAGCUGGCCCAGCACCGGCGCGUGGUGAACAGCCAGAAGUGUGUGCGUGCGGGAGGGAAGCACAACGACCUGGAGGAUGUGGGCCGAGAUACUUACCAUCACACCUUCUUCGAGAUGCUGGGGAACUGGUCCUUUGGGGAUUACUUUAAGGAGGAGGCAUGUAGCAUGGCCUGGGAGCUCUUGACAGAGGUCUAUGAGAUCCCCAGAGAUCGUCUCUACGUCACCUACUUUGGGGGAGACCCCUCGCUGGGGCUGAGCGCAGAUGAGGAGUGCAGGGACGUGUGGCUCCGCCUGGGGGUUCCUGCCAGUCACAUGCUUCCUUUCCCAUUGAAGGAUAACUUCUGGGAGAUGGGGGACACAGGUCCCUGUGGUCCCUGCACGGAGAUCCACUAUGACCACGUGGGUGGUGGCAGAAAUGCUGCAGCACUGGUGAACCAGGGCAGCCCCGAUGUAGUGGAGAUCUGGAACUUGGUUUUCAUGCAGUACAGCAGAGAGGUGGAGGGGAAUCUCCUUCCCUUGCCACAGCACCAUGUGGAUACAGGAAUGGGUCUGGAAAGGCUGGUGACAGUUCUGCAGAACAAACGUUCCAACUAUGACACAGAUCUCUUCACUCCCAUCUUGGAUGCCAUUCACAAGGGCUGCGGAGCACCCAGAUACCAAGGUUUGGUCGGGAAUGCUGACGUUGGGCGUGUGAACAUGGCCUACCGCGUGGUGGCAGAUCACGUGCGCACCCUAUGCGUGUGCAUCACUGAUGGCAUCUACCCAGGCUUCUCUGGAGCAGAACUGGUGCUGCGUCGGAUCCUGCGCAGGGCUGUACGCUUUUGCUCUGAAGUUCUACAGGCUCCGCCUGGGCUCCUGGCCUCCCUGGUGCCUACUGUAGUGGAAGUGCUGGGAGAUGCUUAUCCAGAGCUGACAAGGAAUGCCAACCAGAUCCAGGAUAUCAUUAAUGAGAACGAGGCCGCAUUUCUGUCCUCCCUGGAGCGUGGGAGGCGCAUCAUCGAGCGCACAGUGCAGCAGAUGGAGCCCUCCACAAAUUUCCCAGCUGAAGUAGCCUGGUCCCUCUAUGGGAGUUUGGGAUUCCCUCUGGAUCUGAUUGACUUGAUGCUUGAAGAGAAGGGAAUCAGUUUGGAUUCAGCUGCUUUUAAUGAACUUGUUCUGGAAGAUGUGAAGCGGAAGGCUGCUGGCUCACAGGCAGGAGAGCCAGGGAGCACAAACACCCCUCUGGACGUGCACUCGCUGGCUCGGCUGCAGGACAGCAAGGUGCCUGCCACGGAUGACUCUCCCAAGUACGCAUACACCCUGGGACAGCACGGGCACUACGAGUUCAGCCCGUGCCAGGCCACUGUGCUGAUGCUGUACAGAGAUCAGUGUCUCCAGAAGGAGGUUGGGGCAGGGCAGCGCUGCGGUGUCAUCUUGGACAGGACUAACUUCUAUGCACAGCAGGGAGGGCAAGACUCUGACCAAGGCUACAUGAUACGUUUAGGACAGCAGGAUGUACUUUUCCCUGUAGAGUCAGUUCAUCUCUGUGGGGGCUACGUGAUCCAUGAGGUCACUGCUGUGGAAACCCUGCGUGCUGGCGACCAAGUGCAGCUCUUUGUGGAUGAGGGGCGGCGCCUGGCCUGCAUGACGAACCACACUGCCACCCACCUGCUGAACUUCGCGCUCCGGCGCGUCCUGGGUGACAGCACCGAGCAGCGGGGCUCCCACGUGACAGCAGAGCGGCUGCGCUUCGACUUUGACACCAAGGGCCAUGUGACUGUGGAGCAGCUGCAGCAAGUGGAGCAAGUGGUGCAGGACCUGAUCCAGAAGAAUGAGGUGGUGCAUAUGGCUGAAGUGCCCCUCACAUUGGCAAGAAGAGUUCAGGGACUCCGAGCAGUGGAUGAGGGCUAUCCAGAUCCAGUGAGGAUAGUGUCCCUGGGGGUCCCUGUGGAGAAUGUGCUGACCUGUGACUCCAAGGCUGCAAUGCAGACCUCUGUGGAGCUCUGCUGUGGGACGCACCUUCUCCAGACAGGAUCUGUGGAAGACCUGGCCAUCAUCAGCGAGCGCCAGCUUGUCAAAGGCAUUAGCCGUGUCAUUGCAGUGACAGGGGGACGAGCCAAAAAGGCCCGGGAAGUAGGCCAGUGCUUGGCUAUGGAAGUGGACUCUGUCUCCCUGCGGAUGAAGCAGAGGAUCACCUCUAUUCCUGAGAUGCAGAACCUCUCCAAAGAAGUGGGCCAGUUGACCAAAGUGGUGGCCAGCACUGCAAUGCCCCAGUGGCAAAGAAAAGAACUACAGACCAUCCUGAAAGCAUUACAGCGAACGGCCAACACAGCUGUCAAGAAACUGGAGCUGCAGCAGGCUGAGAAGGUGGCACAAAUCUUGCUAGCAAAAUACUGCAACCAGCCUGUCAUCAUUGAUACUAUCCCAGCGGAUUCCCUCUCGAUCCUAAUGAAAGUAGUGAACCAGCUGUGUGACAAGUCUCCUGGCACCUCAGUCUUGCUGCUCAGCCCUCAGGCUUCGGGUGAGGUGCUCUGUGCCUGUCAGGUGUCCAAGAGCUGCCUCCCCGGGUUCUCUGCUGCUGACUGGGCUGUGGCUGUCUGUACACAGAUGGAAGGGAAGGCAGGAGGCUCUCCCAUUGUGGCUAAGGGCAGUGGAAAUGCCAAAGGCAUGCAGGGAGCCCUGACUACUGCACUGGAGUUCGCUCAGAGCAAACUGUGAUGCUUUGGUGCCAGCACAGCUGUAUGCACCCAGCUGGACACUUGAUACCAAGCAUAUACUGUGCCCAUCUGAAAGGAUUGGCAGCUGAACAUUGCUGCAACCUCUGCCUUGGAGCACUGGACUUCUGACCGUCCAGGAUCAGCAGAGACCCAGCUGACAGAAGGGUGCUGCCUGUUCUCAGCACGAGCCUUUGGAGAUGGAGCCUUGGAAAGCACCAGUUGCAACAGCAGAUCCUGCUUCUCAUGGAACAGUGCACAUCUUGCCACAAGACCAGCACAGAGAUUUUGUGAGAACAUGGGGAGUUGGCACUGUUAUCUUAAAGCCAUUAAAGGGUAGAGAGUAGCCAAUGACCUGAUGUUUCUUGUAGCUGCACCUUUUUUUUUCUUGCUCUGGCAGAGGGGUUUGUUCUGCCCUUGCAGCUCCAGAAGUCAGCACAUACUCUUGUCUAAGCAGUUCCUUCCUACUGCAGAACUCAGGACGCCCCUCUGAUUAUAAAUGCUACUCUAAUUUAGAAAUUAGGGAAAUCCCACCUGGCUUGUGAGCUCAGGCUUGUUAGGCUAUGCAAUGGGUAGAGCUGAAGGCAGUCCUCAGCACUGAGGGAACAAAAUUGUCCCCCUCUCCACCUCUUUGCUUUGCUUUCUUAUCUCUGUUUCUUACUGCCACUCCCUCUCAUAAACUGGUUAUUUUUCACAAGCAGUGGUGGACCCAGCAGAUUCAAUUCCUAAAGACAUUUCAGACUUCAGUGUUAAGAGCUCCCAGCCAAAGCAUCAUUAUUUUAGAUACAGUAUUGACCUAAAUAGAGAUCAUAAAUGGUAGCUGAGCCAAAAGUGCAACAGGAUAGUGAUACAAGGCAGGUUUUCACCCUGUGAGCAGCAAGAGCAGCCUAACACAAAUGAAUUUCCCCAGCAGGUAGGGUGUCUGUCACUGUGAAGGGAGAUAGAGGACCAAUAGUUGCCUGCUUUUGGGGAGGGAGGGAGGAGCUGUAGAAGCACAGUGAUGCUGAUGGACAGGUAGCAGGAAAUGGCUGUCACAUAGAUACAGAUUACUGAAGAGGAUGUAGUGGGGCAUGGCUGUGUCCAAAUGAGAAACUUCCCACUUAACUGUCUGCCUGAGGGAGGGGGAAUAGCUACUGUGAGCAGAGCCUUGUUUCUCUUCAGUGAACAGCUUAUCUUAAGGGAAAAAGGGAUGUGGACUUUGGGGGCAUCAUUAGCAGACAAGGGGUUUUCUUCCAUAUCCCAGUGGUUGUCCAGCCAAAAUCUCAUAUGUGGUCCCUAAGGCUUAAUGUGGCUCCUACUCAUCUUUGCCAGCAGCUGGUUUUGCAUUGGAGAGUGCCAGAUAUAAAUGUGAGGACUCAGAGGCAGAAGGAAUGGGGAGCCUUUAGAGGUUGAUGGUGCUCCCAGCUGUCCUCCCCUUCUCCCCCAAAUCACUGACUGCUACUGCAACAGUGCAGACCUUAAGCCUUUGGUUCAGUGAAUGCUGCUUCCAGCCAGGAAGCUUAAAGCAGGGCUUAUUGCAAAGGGAUUUGUGGGCCAAGGUCUUGGGCAUCUGCCCCUGCUGCCAAGAGUUCAGCCAUCCAGAGGGGUGCUCAGGCCCCUUUCCUUGAUCACUGUCAGUAGGGCAGGUUGCUGCUCAUCCCAGACCCUGCCUGCAUUCCACUGUAGCAGAGCUGCUUGGUGGCUUCUCAAACUUCCUUCCAUUUCUGGAUGCAGGGGUGCGACUGGUGCUCCUACCAUCCCUGCAUCCGAGCAGUGGGGAGAGCUGGAACACCUAGCCCUUGUGACAAGGCUGGUAGGGUGCUGGAGAGGGUGUGUGGAGUCCCAGAGGAUGGUUCAUGCCAUCAGCUGAAAGUAGCAUCAGUGCCCAGUGUUGGCACAAUUCCUGUGUGUCACUUGGGCCCCAGCAGCACCAGGUGGGGAUGGCAAGGGGUGUUCUGUGCCACUGGGAAAGCUCUUUCCCAGAGUGCUCUUGUGUUACUUUAUUAAUAGCUGCUACAGGAGAUGAUGUCUGCUCUCGGUGUUGGAGAGUAGGUGUGAGGAGGAGGAAAGGAAUGCUGGCUUGAGCUGCUCCUGCAUGAUGCUCCAAAAGCAGAGCCUGAGCUUGCCAGCAGCAGCAGCCUUAUGGAAUUAACCUGCUUUGGCUUGAUUGUUAGCUUAAAAGCCACUGACCUCAUAGACUUUUGCCCAGCCCCUUACAGGGCAGAGCUCUGGGUGCUGCCCUUCCAGGUAAUGCCUUUACUGAGCCCCUGGCACCACUCCCAUGGGAGGUGAAGGGCUGCUGCUAGAGGCACCACAGAGCAGUGGCUCUUGGAGCUGUUGGAAGUAGAUCCAUCUCCACUGCAGUGCUGUUGGGCUCUCAGCACUGUGUGGUGAGUGAGCAGCAAAGACCUGAUGCCUUGGCAUUUCAGAUCUAUUCAUCCCCUCCUGUGUUCCAUGGGAAAAUAACUCUGUUCCCAGGGUAUUUGCAGCAGCCCCAGCACCCACCGCUGGCAGGGCUGCUGCAGUUCCUGCACCACCUUCCUAUAAACCUUAAGAACCACCUGGUCUGUAAGCAGGGCUGCAGCUGCUGCAGUGGUGCUCCUCUGCCUCAUCUGGGGCUGCCUUGGGAACCCCAUUUUCUUCCUCCUCCUCUGCUGCUCUUGGCUUUUAUAGACAUGAAACUCAGUAUUUCCCGUAUCCUUUCUGAGCUUGCAAGAAUCAAUGAUGUCAACAUAACCAAAUCCUGAUGUUGUAAGUGCAGUAGCACCAAAAGCGUUCUGGAAUUGAAGGACAAAAUGGAUCUUACCCUACCAAGGAAUGAUUCUGUGGAGUCAUCCAUGGUGCCCAUGUCACCUCAGGCUGGUGAAGUGGGUCACUGCAGUAGAAAUGCUGGAGUUUGUGCUGCAGCCGUGCCAGGCUGCUGAUUCUAGGAGAGGGCAUUUCCUGUUCUCCUGAUGAAGUGCUAGUGCACAGACUUACAUCCCGUGCUCCUCUUUCCCUGCUGCAGGAGGACAAGACAUUCACACACUGUGCUGCAGCUGCAGUAGCUGCCACGUUUGUGCCUGGCAUGCCCUCAUGUCAGCAGCAGGUCAGGCAAUGCUUAGCUGGGAAGGCUUUGGGAAAUGAAACACACAUUUGAAAUAGAGUUCUCUGGCCAAGAUUGCAGCCUACAUUCCCUUACAAACAUCAAAGAUCAGUCUAAGGUGCAAGCAGUAUCCUGGGGACAUAUUUGCACCUCCUAACACAUGCACACAGAAGGGACGGCAGGAAGUGAGAAACUAAUUAGAAGACAAUGGGGUUUUUGCUGUAAGCCAGUGCUGUCAGGUUGGCAACACCUUCCUAAGGCCAGAUGGACCCCGAGGUCCCUUAAGGGCACCUGCAAUGCAAGGGCUUGCCAGCAUCAACCCCAAGCAGCUACCUGACAUUGGCAGAAGGGGAGCAGAAAGUACUUGCACGUCUCUUCUCCCACACUUUGGUCCAGCAGCUUCACUCUCAGUAGCCUGGGAGGCAGACUGGGAGGCUGGCACACAGUGUCAGGGAGAAGCCCAGCUCUCCCUAGGCACCCCUGCCUCCCCAAGCCUUGGGACAGGCUGAUGACAUGCUGCUCCUUGAGAGCUGUAGGACUCACUUCAGGAAGGUCCUGGGGUUGUUGUGGUCGUAGCAGAGCUGAGCCAUGCGGAGGAUGUUGACAGCAUGCUGAGCCACAGGCUCAAAAGCUGUGGGGCUUGGUCCAUCAGAUCUGGUGCUGAGCCAUCUCCCAGUGACACUGAACAUAAUGUAGCAUGUCCAAGCUGAGCCCUGCAGGGAGGGAGAGACCUCAGGGGCAGAGAGCCAGAGGUGACCUUUAAAGGUCCUUGCCAACCCAAACUGUUCUAUGAUUCUGUGAUUCUACAUGCACAAUGAUACUGUGCACUGGACUGGUCACACCACACAUGUACGCCUGUAAUCCAGGAACCCAGACAUGCACGUAUCUGGAAUUGUGGGUUACACUUGCAGGCUCUUGCCCUGCACCACAGGCUCCCUGUUCCUGCAGCAGCCAACACUUGAGGUGUUUGUGAGGUCCCCAGGACAAGGUGAGAGAUGAGAAUUUGACUCCAUGUUCUCAGA